AUGGAAACAGCUGAGGUUGACCUUGAAGACACAGAUCUCUACAUCUCACAGCUGAGGGAAGUGUUUGACAGCUGUGACACCUGGGAGAAGGGCUACCUGAAUCGUAAUGAACUCAUAGUCCUGUGUCAGAAGUUACAGUUAUCAGACCAGGCAGACAAUAUCGUAGACCAGCUGCUACAGAAUAUCGGGGCCUUAACAAGGAGAAAUGCUAACAAAAAGGUAACAUUUGAGCAGUUUAAGAACACAUUUGUCCAAAUAUUGUGUCAGACUGCAGCAAAGAUUAACCAAGAAUCACAUCAGGGCAAUCGCAACACUGAACAUGAUGGGACAACGCUCAAGGGAAAUAACUCUGAUUCAGACAUGUCUGAUGAGGUCACUCCUGUGUACAUUAAAGAUGGUAAGCGAUAUGGUCGUCGCUCCAAACCCCUAUACCCUCAACACAAGUACAAUAGCCUAGAUGUGGAGGAUCCUAAUGUCACACCCAGCAAGGAAGAUGGUUCAAGGUCAUUGCGACGGAGUAAGGGAGAUAACCCAUUACGUGAAUCGGCGUCAUCCCUUUCUGAGGAAGAGAGGGAGAUGUUUGAGGCAGAAGGUCAGUUGAACUUAAAUAUGUGUGAAUUAGAACAGACCCAGGAACUGACAGAAGAGGACUAUCUACGCAAUAUCUGGCAGACUCUAGGGGUGGGACAGCGAGGAUACAUAACUCUGUCAGACCUGGCAGCAGUGUGUGAUCACAUUGGUAUGGAUGAAAUGAAUGAUGAUGAACUACAGCAGCUAUUUGACAAACUGGAUUCUGAUGCAGACGGAAAAGUAAGCUUUGAUGAGUUCCUACAGGGUCUGCAGCAUAGUGCACCAGCAUGUCCCCCCACCCCUCGUUCACUAGGCACCCCUACCCCCAGGACACACUCUGCUCAAAAGAAAAUCAAAGUGAUGGCAUCAGCCAGUGCAGAGGAGAGACUAACACCAUCCAUUGUAUUGGGGACCGGUGUCUCUGGUAUAUUUACUACACUAGACCCAACAAACACUGGGUUUGCCAUGCCAGACAAUAUCAUUGACCUAUGGGAAAAAUACAAUGUUACCAAUGGAGCUGACAUCCUUCUGGCACUAGGAUUUGACCUCAACACCAAGGUCAGUCUGUCAGAGCUAUCCUCCUACCUGGAACAAGAACUCAUCAACUCAGACGAUCAGAAUGCAGUCUACCAGGCAGCACUCUCCUCCUACCAGCAGGAGAUCCGACACCUUAAGUCAACCCUGGAACAGUUUAAUUGGGAGACAGAAAAGUUAAAACAAGACUUGACAGAGGCCAACCUUAGAAAUACAAAGUUAGCCAAAGAAGUUGAUGAACGCCACGCUCACAUGGAGCAGAGUACGGAGAGAAAGCUGCUGACAGUGGAGAAGAAGUACCAAGAACAGGUGAAGAUGUUACAGAGUGAGUUGGAGCAUGAGAGAGAACAGUACAACACGCAGGCUGUCACACAGAAAACAGUCCUUGAAGGGGAAAUGGAACAGCUCCGACACGAGGACAGAAAGCUCAGAGAGAGUUUGGCACAGGCUCAGAAGGAGAUAGAGAGACUGGAGAGAGAUUUGAUAGAAUCAGUAGAAAAGCGCACAGAUGUUCAGAAACAAAACUCACGACUUCAAAAGGAACUACAGUCCGUCAACGACCUUCAGAGAAAGCUAGAUGAGUUCGAGUCCAUUGGUGUUCUCUCUCCAGAUGAAAAAAAAGUGACAGAAGAGAAAAUUGAGAGAGUCAAGAAUGAAAAUAAGGAUUUGAAAGAUCGUAAUGAUGAACUCACUGCAGAGUUAGAGACAAUAAAACAACAGUUCCCUGCUUUGAAAAAGAAGGACGGUGGUAUUGGUCGCUCACCACGAGGAUUUGGAUCUCGAAUUCCUGUUAGAGAGGGGACAUUGGUCUCUGAUUAUAUCAAGGCAGGUCGCAGGGGAGUCAGGUCAUCUUUGUCCUCAGAAACAUCUGAUGAUGAGACCCAGUCCUCCGGGUCUACAGGACUGACUCCUAACUACAGUAAACGGACACGUCGCAAGCUUCCACAGGCUCCUGAUGAUGAAGACCCUGGAAACUGGAUCAAACAUUGGGAAACACGUGUCAGCAGCAUACAGAAUGACAGGGAACAGAUAGAGAACCUUAAAAAGGAACUAAUUGACCUUAAAAACCACAUGGAAAGAGAGCAUGCAGAGCUUGAGAACACUUAUAAAGAGGAACUUUCUAAGAGGGAGGAGAGGCAUGACAACCAGAAAGCUGAACUUUUAAAGAAAUUUGAAGAAGAAAAGGGUAAAAUCUACGAGGAUUGUGAACACAUCAAACAGACGGAAUUGGCUGGCCGACAGCAGGAGCUGCAGGUUCUCUUUGCACAAGAAAAACAAGACAUAUUGGACAAACAUGAAUCAGAGAAGAAAAUUUUAAACCAGAAAUUUGUGGAAGAAAAGGACUCCUUGAUUAAGAGUCUACAAGCAGAUUAUGCACGGGAUCUGGAGGCACAAGUGAAUGCAGUGAGGGAGGAUUAUGCCCGUGACAAGGCUGAACUGGAGUCAUACAUCUCACAGCCUGAUGAGUCGCAGCUACAACAGCUUGAACAGGAAAAGGCUGAACUUGAGGAGAAACUGUUUGAGCACCAGGAGGAGUUGGAACACCGCCUCUCAGAGGAAAGGACCAAACUCAUAGAGGAAUUAGAAGUGACCAAGGAGAAUGAAAUACAAAAACUCAAGUCUAGAUUUGAAAAUGAUUGUGUGAAUAUUAGGACAGAGAUGGAUAUAAGUAAGCAAGAUGACAUUCAUAAAUUACAAGCUAAACAUGAGGAGGAGAAAAACAAGUUACGGAUCGAUUUUGAAUCUGCAAGAGAGGAUGACAAGAAUGAAUUUGAUAUGCAAGUUUUGCAGCAGAGAGAGGAACUGGAGAGCAGAUUUAACAAGGAAAGAGAGACUUUGGAGGAGAAGUAUGAGGAACAGUUAAGGAGACUAAAUCAAGAAUUACAGGCCAAGAUACAAGAGUAUGAGAACAGUCUCUCGGAGGGUGUGGAUGCUCUGAAAGGUAAGACAAAGGAGGACUUUUUUAACAUUCUGUCCAGUGAGAAGGAUUUGAUGGCUGUCAGACAGAAGGAGGAGGUAUCUCAGGGAAUAGAGCAGGAGAAAGUGGAGUUGGAGGGGCAGUAUACUGGCCGUAUACAGGAGUUAGAACAAGCCUUUGCCCAAGAGAAGGAGGAUCUUCGAGACAAGUAUGAGGGUCAGAUUGUGGCACUGCGAAGUCAGUUAGACCGUCUCAGUGUGCGACUGGAGGAAGAACGAGAAGCCAUGGAGGAACGUUUUGAGGAGGAAAGGGAAACACUUGAAGAGGAACUGGCACGCACCAUCAAGGAGGAACUAGAGAAUCACAAAAUACGACAGAGUACCAGAUUUGAGGAUGAAUUCACCCAGCAAAUAGAGCAGCUUAAAGUUUCUUUUGAGAAUGAGAAGGGGGAGCUUCAACGUCAGGUUGAUAUGUACAGGGAGGAGGUUGAAGAGCUACAGAAAGAUCUGGAGCAGAAGGAGACAUCUACUGGGAAGGAGGAGGAACUACGUCUCACCAUCUCAACAUUAAAACGGGAAAAGCAGCAGGCUGAGAGAGCCCAUCAGGAAACACAGCAGUCACUAGAGGACAGCAAGUCUAGCCUGGAAUCACGGAUAGAGAGUCUUCUGGUGGAGAGAGAGGAGGUCAUAACCGCAGCCAGGGCAUCAGAAGUCCAUCAAGCCAAGGAAUCUGUAGACAGGCUACAGCACUCUGUGGUGGUCAAGGAGAAGGUAGCGUUAGAAAAGGAGAUGUCCAAACUGAGGCGAAAAGCUCUGGAGCUGGAAGUGGACAAUCAGAGGCUAAGUGCUUUACAAGAGACUGCUUUUCAUGACUGGGACCAGGAGAAGACGGAGUAUGUGCAGAGAAUUCAGAAGUUAGAAGAACAAUUAAAAGAAAGUAGUUCUGAUGUGAUAUCCCCUCAUGCUCAGAAUGUGAUUGACAGUCUUCGAAGGGAACGUGAUGACCUCGACCGUACACUGGCCUCGGCCAAAAACAAAUUACAGAAUGUUGAUGAUAGGGUCAAAAAGAUGACCGAACAGCAGAUAGCAUAUAGUUCAGCUAAUACAGCAAUCAGCUCAGAAAACAAGGAUCUGCAGGUCAAAGUGGAGGUUUUAAACAGUCAUAUAGGGGAGACAAACAGUAAUCUGGAGCGGGAAAAGGAGAAAAUGAUGGCACUUCAGUUAGAAAAAGAGCGAUUAGAAAAUGAGCUGACAAAAGUGUCUGGUCAGUUGGAGAAUAUGAAUCACAAACUGGCUGACCACAAGGCUGACCAUGAAUUAGAAAUCAGUAAACUACGAGACAUGAACAGCAAUUCAGUUGACCUUGAGAAGUUUACCAGGCUACAGGGUGACUUGGUUGAUCACCAACGGCAACUGCAUGAACUCCAUGAUAUUUUGGAAGCAAAAGAGAAUGAGAAAAACAAAGCCUUUAAAGAUAAAGAGGAGGAAUUCAAGAAAAUCAUGGAAGCGUUGGAGGAAGAGAAAGUAAAUCUGAGACGAAAACUCCGACUAACACAAGAAAUGUUAGACGAACAACUGGAAAAAAUAAAAUCUCAUUAUUCAGACUGCAACGAGAGAAACUUGCUGGUGGUGGACUUAUAUAAGGAGAAUGCGGACAUGAUGGAGACACUUUUCUUGAUGGAGGAGAGAAAAAAGGAUGCUGUUUCACGCUGUUAUAAACUUGAAGAUCAAUGUAAAGCUCUUAGAAAAAUGCUUAAAAAGGUUGUUCAUGUGGCAAUGACCUAA